CAACUUCACCGACGCCGACUGACGGAACCCGCUUCACUCUGACUGCAGUCUCUCAGUUGUCAACGACCCCUGUCCAGAAUCUGUUACCAUGGCCACUCUCUGUGGAGGAACCUCUCCGUCCAAGGAUGCCGACGAAAAAAUCCAGAAGAUCUGUGACAGCGUUAAGCAUCACGCAGAGGCGAAAUCGGGGAAAAACUUUGAAAUCUUCAAAGCAGUAUCGUACACGAGUCAAGUUGUGGCUGGGACCAACUACUUCGUCAAGGUUCAUACGGGAGGUGACGAACACAUUCACCUCCGUAUUCACGUGAAGCUUGGAGGAGAAAUUGAGCUGGCUGCUAUUCAGCACCCCAAGAGCGCCCAGGACCCCAUUGCGUAUUUCUAAUGGUAGCACAGAGCAUGCAAAGCGCCCCGUCAGUGCCUCCAAGUUCCAAUGGCAUUAGAAAGUAUUAAUCUAGAACCAGUUUAGUCUUAGUUCACACAAUAUAUCUUUGUUCCUACUAAUAAAUGAUCUGCAAAUAUUAGAGCAUGUAUAUUGAUUGAUGUAUUGGCCAUAAAAUAACAUCGAGCUGAUUUUGACAAAUGAUCCAUGGGGGAGAAAAUCUCUCCACACCCAUUGCUUGGAUGUAGCAUCAGAUUUAUAAUUCAAGUUGAUGUUUCAAACAAAAUGAGUUAGUGCAUUAAAGCUACAGCAAAAUGUGCAAACACUUAAUAACUGUAUCUGGAAGGUUCAUGUUCAUGCUGGAUAUUCUAGUUGGGGGAUGUGGGUGAGUGAGGUCAAGCUGUUGUUGGGUUCAGUUUCAUAUUCAAGGCACACGACAGUAGUAUCACUUCUGUACUCCUCAGGAAGUUAAUAAGAAAGACAAUUUAGUUUAUUUAAAAAUAUGUUUUAUUUUGAAUAUUCUUACGUCAUGAUGCUGUCAUGCUGCAGCUCCUGAAGGAAGCAUCACCACCAAAAGAUGGCGCCCUCUGCACAAAACACACAAAUCAUUGCAGGGCUGUCCCCAGAGAAAGGUCAUGGAGCCACUGGUUCAAGUUUCAACCUGUGAGAUGUUGUUAAAACAGGAAUGUUAUGUGCACAUGAAUGUAAAUCCCUUAAACAAAGUCAUUAGAUGUGUUUUUAUAGGAAAAGCAGAUUUUCUCAUUGGUCAGGAAUGUAGUGUAAAUAUUGCUGAGCAUUUUAGACACAUUACUGUUAAGCUGGUCAUUCGUAUCCACAGUAAGACGGGCUCCUGCAUUUUGUCACUGGGUAUCAAUUUACAGCUGAAGGCUGGAGUCACGGUGGGUCGUUACUGCAGUGGCACAGUUGUCUUUAGUUUGUGCCUCAGCAUGCACUAACGUGAUUAAUUCAAACUGCUACAUCCUCCCAGACAAGAUUCCUCCCACACAUAAGAUACUUUACAGAUGAGAUCUCUGACAUUUAGAUUUUUGCUGCUUUCUGCAGCAACAGAUUUUGUGUUUUGUAAAUUCAUAGUAUUCUGAGGGUUGCCCUCUUCCAGCAGUUUGGUGAUCCAUCUCACUUACAGGACAUCAUGUUAAUAAGAAAACCACCUCAGUGUUGUCUCUUGAUUGGAUCACAUCACCUGGUGAUGACGUCUAACCCCUUCUUGUGCCCAGAAAGCCCUAUCUUCAAAUCAGCCACAUGACAGCACAGCCUUUGAGAUACAGCAUUGCCUCAUUGAUAUGACCCUGAACAGACAGUUUAACUCAUUUGAAUACAAACUUUACUGUGUCCAUAUUGUAAAGUGAAGACACCACACAGAGCUGAAAUGUGCCCAACCUUAAUGUCAAGCAAUGACUCACGUACUAAAUACACUUUUCUGCAGCUGUGGCCACUAAAUCACGUUUUUCAAGCUAGUCCUCUGUUGUGUGUGAAGGGCUGCUGAUGUGCCACACAUCUAAAUCUGAAUUCAAAUUUUAACAUAGAGUUUUUGGGAAGUGCCAGAAGAUGAAGAAAGGUUUGUGAAGUAACGCAUCAAGGACGAGAAACAUUAAAAAGAAGAAAUCUGUGGUUACGCAUGAAUACGCAUCAUUCACUUCACUUCAACAAACCUCGAGACGAUGGAGACCUGCGUUGGUGGUUACACUGGGACGAGUGAUGCUGAUGCACAAACCCAGAGACUUGUUGAUCUGGUGAAGUGCCAGUUGGAGGAGAAGACUAACAAGACAUAUGAGGAGUUACAAGCCAUCGAGUACAGAUCACAGUUUGUGUGUGGAACCAACUAUCUCAUCAAGGUUCGUGCAGGACUGUGUAGUUACAUUCACAUCAUCGUCUUUGAGGCCCUUCCAGUCUACGGAGGAGAAGUUAAGCUGAUGGAAGUGAAGGAAAACCACACCAGAGACCAUCCUCUCAUACCUUUCUAACCUGAUCACACGGCCUGCUCCGGUGGCUCGGCGCCUUCAGGCUGCAGCCUCAGAGCCAUGAGUGAAGGAUAAGACUGAAUAUUCUGUUAUUCACCUCUGCAAUAUUGAGAAAAUCAUUGCUUUCUUUUGUGAAAGAAAAAUAAAGAAUGCAUUGAACAGAUUUAUGCUGCAGCUGUGUUUUGUUUACUGAACAUACUGAGUUCUGUACAACGCCCACUGUGGCUCCACCUUCUUAUUGCUGGGGAGGUCACACAGUAUAAAUGUUGCUACAUGAGAACCUGCUGAACGGUCACCAGGUAGAAACAGACAGUUCACCCACCGGAGCCUCACUCUCUGUGAAAAUGGCAAGUGUACCUGGAGGAUACUCUGAUCCCAAACCUGCAACUGACGAAAUUAAGAAAAUUUGUCAUGAGGUGCAGAACCAAGUGGAGGGAAAGACAAACCAGAAAUAUCAUGAUUUUAAACCUGUUACAUACAGAUGCCAGGUUGUGGCUGGAAAAAACUUUCUGGUCAAGAUUCACGCGGGUGCCGAUCAUUACAUCCACGUGAAGCUGUUCCAGGGGCUUCCUUGCAACGGAGGGAAGAUUGCGGUGAAUGGUGUGCAGGAACACCACAAGAAGGACGAUCCCCUGGUGCCGUUCUAACGCGACCACACAGUCUGCUUCUGUAGAACUGAAGCCUCAGAACCAAACUCUGCUGUUUGUUGUUUGCUUCAGUUUUAACGCGUUCAAGCACAAAGUCUACAAUGACAAUCAGGAGCUCCUUGUACUUGUUUAAAAAAGAAAAUUAAAGAAUGGAUUGAAAUAA